AUGAGGAUGGACCGGUUCUCUUUGACCCAGGUUCCUUUUACGGUCAUUCCGAAUGCGACUUGUCUAUUGGGGAGAUAUUUGGGGCUCAGUGUGACGACUUUUACUCAGCCUAUCACAGGAGAGUUCCCCAGGCUCCUGGCUACAAGGUCCGGCAUCGGCUGUACCAACUCUUCCACUCCUUGA